AUGGGUUUUCACAUAACCUUUGUCAACACUGAGUUCAACCACAACCGUUUUGUUAGGGCCCAUGGAGCAGACUUUGUUAAGGGUCUCCCAGAUUUCAUAUUUGAGACCAUACCCGAUGGAUUACCACCUACGGAUAAGGAUGCCACUCAGGAUAUUCCAUCACUGUGUGAUUCAAUCAGAAAAAAUUGUUAUCGCCCUUUCAAAGAGUUGGUGUUAAAGCUAAACUCUUUAGAUGCCGUGCCCCCAAUUAGUUGCAUAAUUGCCGAUGGAGUUAUGGGCUUUGCUGGAAAAGUUGCAAAGGAUUUGGGCAUUCCAGAAGUUCAACUUUGGACAGCAUCAGCGUGUGGCUUUGUGGGAUACUUGCAAUAUGAUGAACUGGUUCAAAGAGGCAUCCUUCCAUUCAAAGGUACAGUUUAUGUCUCUGUUAUUUCUUUCCUACGAUUUUAUAAUUAUGUAAAUAUCUAUAUUAUUUCUUAA